GUUAGUAGCGGUGGGCGUGUAGUGUUGCGUAUACGAGCUAUUGUUACGAGUGCGCGCACAGGAUGAGGAUAAGUGAAGUUGAUGCUCAAUAUUGUGAGAAAAGAGAGCAAGAUAUGCAGAAAGAAGAUCAAGAAAAGAGGACAAAUAUGCAGACAAACAAAGAGAAGAGAGAUACGCAGGAAGACAGUGAGACAGGUAUGCAAAAAAAUAAUGAGAAGAGAUAUAUGCUGAAAAAUAAGAAGAUGCAACGAAAUAAUGAGAUGAGAGAUAUGCAGCAAAAUAGUGAUGAAAAGAGGGAUGCGCAGCAGAAUGGUGAAACUGAUAUGCAAAAUGAUGAGAAGAAAGAUACGCAGAAUUGUAAUAAAGCACACCAGCACAGUGAGAAGAGGGAUGUAAAGGAAAAUAUUGAGAAGAGAGAUAUGCAGGAGAGUUGUGAGCAGAGAGAUUUACAACAGAACAGUGAGAAGAGAGAUGUAAAGCUAAAUGGUGAAGAGAGUUUACAGUCAAAUCCUGAUAAGAGGAUUAUGCAGAUGAACAGUGAACAGGAUACACAGCGAAACAGUGAUAACCGAUCUUUACAGGAAAGUAGUGAGAUCGUAAUGAAGGAUGAGCCGCAAAUUGAGGAGAGCAAGACGGUACGGGAUUUGAGGAAAAAAUUCGAGAAAAAUGUAAGCUUCAACAAUGGCAAGGCGACCUACGGCACUGAAAGUCCACGGGGCCGACGGGUCAUCUUCUGCGUCCACGGGAACCCCUCCACCGGCUGCUGCGCCAUCACAGAGACCAACCCUGACGCCGAGAACGAACCACCGAGUAUUACUGAAGUAGAAAGGCAUUGUCACAGAACAAGAAAUGAAGAAAUAGACAAGAAAGCCAGACGAAAACUCAUCAUAGCUAGUAUUUUGUGCGUCAUUUUCAUGGUCGGUGAAAUUGUCGGUGGCUACCUAUCAAACAGUCUCGCGAUCGCCACCGACGCGGCGCACUUACUCACAGACUUCGCGAGUUUCAUGAUAUCGUUAUUCUCGCUCUGGGUGGCGAGUAGACCAGCCACGAGGAAGAUGCCCUUCGGAUGGUACAGAGCUGAGGUGAUCGGUGCAUUGACUUCGGUGCUCCUCAUCUGGGUGGUGACGGGAGUGCUCGUGUACAUGGCGAUCCAGAGGGUGAUAUAUAAGCAGUUUGAGAUUGAUGCGACGGUGAUGUUGAUUACUUCGGCUGUUGGUGUCGCCGUCAAUUUGGUUAUGGGCCUGACGUUGCACCAACACGGGCACAGCCACGGCGGUGGUGGUGGACACGGUCACUCCCACGGCAGCAGCAAUCCAGUGCUCAAUAAUAAGAAGGAGCACGGAGAGUUGGACACGGAGAGCUCCUCCUCCCACCAGCACGAACAGCAUCGGGAGAACAUCAACGUGCGGGCCGCCUUCAUACACGUGCUCGGUGACUUCCUGCAGAGCUUUGGCGUGUUUAUUGCUGCCAUUGUUAUUUAUUAUAAGCCGGACUGGAAUCUCGUGGACCCGAUCUGCACGUUCCUGUUCUCCAUCCUGGUGCUCAUCACCACCUUCAACAUCAUCAAGGACACUCUCAUCGUGCUGAUGGAGGGAUCUCCAACCGGAAUCGACUUCCAGGAUGUAGCGAACACUUUCCUAUCCCUGCCUGGCGUGCUGCGCGUACACAACCUGCGCAUGUGGGCGCUGUCGCUAGACAAGACCGCGCUCGCGGCGCAUCUCGCUAUACGUAGCGGAGUGAGCCCACAGAAGGUUCUAGAGCAGGCGACGAGGUUAGUCCACGAGAAGUACAAUUUCUUUGAGAUGACGCUGCAGAUCGAGGAGUUUAACGACGGCAUGGAAGACUGCAGCCAGUGCAAGAUGCCACAGGCUUGAACACACAGACACAAGAAUCUGGCUUAGCCAUACACUAUCAUACCAUAGACACGAAUUUAGUAUAUUUGGUUGAUCAAUUACCUACAACAUAGAUCAGACAACAUAUUUUGUUGAUCAAUUACCUACAACAUAGAUCAGACAAUAUAUUUUGUUGAUCAAUGACCUACAUCAUAGAUCAGACAAUAUUCGUUGAUCAAUUACCUACAUCAUAGAUCAGACAAUAUUCGUUGAUCAAUUACCUACAACAUAGAUCAAUCGGAAGUAUGAGAACCAUCCCGUGCUAUAUAAAGUUUCCAUGGAUGUGUUUCAAUGGUUUCAUUCGGAAUGUGAUGGCUAUGUUUGCUACUUAUUUUAAGUAUUACAGUUGAAAUCUUUGUUCUGAUAUAUCUAGUUGCUGAGACAUAUUUUCUCCGUUUCUUGAUAUUAUCUGUUAUUUUUUUACUUUAGAAAUUCUCGCAUAUUUGAGUAACUAGCAAUCUCUUUAACACUGUUUGCUUCCAUGUUUCUAUUUUGUUACUUUCUACCAAGUGAUAUAAAAACAUGCCAUUAUCUUUACCGACUUUGCCAUUUCAUGUAAUUGCAUUUCUCGAUAGUGCUCAAUGUUUUUUUGCCGAGCUUAUUGUAAAUACAUCAACAUCUAUGAAAGUAUGA